AUGAUAAAAGUAUUGAAAAGAAAGUUGGACGAUAAGAGUAAGCAACCAAAAGAGGACAAUGAUGAUAAGAAUUCUUCUGAUCAAAAUUUAAAUGAGAAUCAAACAAAUGAUAAUUGUCCAGACAAAAAUUCUGAUGCGAAAAAAAUAAAGGAUAAUUCUUUAAAUUCAAAGAAUAACAUGAAGGUACUUAAAUUAAGACCAAAUUUUUUUUUGGGAUUACAAGUUAGCAAUACAGAAAUUCAUAAAAAUGUUAAAAACUUACAAGAAAAAAUUAUCCAUAGAAACCCAAAAUUGCAUUCUGCUUUAGUUAAUGUCUCGACCCUUCACAUAACUCUUGCAGUUACUCAUUUAGCUAAUCAAAAAGAAAUUCAAUUAUUAAAAGAAAAUCUUGAUACUUGGGCUCAGAAUAACAAAAAUUUAUAUUUUAUUGAACCUAUAGUUUUAAAUUUUAGUGGGGACUUAAAUUUAAUAUUAAGCGAUCUCGGUUUUUCAACAGACCAAAGAUCAUUUACACCACAUUUGACAUUUUUAAAAUUAAGUAAAGAUUAUAAAUUAUUAAGAUCCAAAAAGAAAUUUUUAAAAGAUUUCGAAUUUGCCGAAGAAUGCAUUGAUUUUUUUGGUAAAGAACAAAUAAGAAAAUUACAAUUGUUAAGUAUGGAUGAACCGAAAAAUGAAAAUGGAUAUUAUAAAUGUUUGCAUGAAAUAAAAUUAUCAGAUGAUAAUUAUAAAGCAUCUGAAAUGAAUCACAGUGAAUGUUGCACACCCAUUCCUAAGCCGAACAAAAAUUUGACCUAA